CAUCCAUAUAGUAAAGAAGGACAACGCAGAAGGAUUGAUUUUAAUGGAAAACCACGAAAGAGAGAACCCCAGCGUUGAACAGAAGGAAGAUGACAGGGAUUUUUUGUUGUCCCCGCAAAACCACACGGGGAAAGGUGGAACUAGCUCGAUGUCUUCAGCCACUUUUAAUUUCAUCAAUUCUAUUAUCGGAUCCAGAAUUAUUGGUUUACCAUAUUCCAUGAGUCAGGCUGGCCUCCCUCUGGGACUUUUCUUGCUUACUCUGGUUGCUUUCAUUACAGAUUACUCUAUUAUCCUGCUGGUCAGAGGGGGAAAUCUGUCUGACACUAACAGUUAUCAGUCUCUGGUGCAAAGCACAUUUGGGCUGAUAGGAUAUUUGAUUCUGUCAGCUCUACAGUUUAUGUACCCAUUCAUUGCAAUGAUCAGCUACAACAUCAUAACAGGUGAUACCCUGACCAAAGUGUUUAUGAGAAUCCAAGGAGUUGGUCCCGGGGACAUUCUUACCGAGAGACAUUUUGUUAUACUGGUGUCUACUGUUCUCUUCACUCUUCCCCUAUCUCUCUAUAGAGACAUAGGAAAGCUGGGAAAGGUAUCAUUGUUGUCCAUGCUUUUUACUGUUGCCAUUCUCAUCACAGUGAUCGUGAGAGCAGCAACUCUUGGACCACAGAUACCUCCAUCAGAGGGUGCAUGGGUGUUUGCUCAGUGGAAUGCAAUUCAGGCAAUUGCUGUCAUGUCUUUUGCUUUUAUCUGUCACCACAACAGCUUUAUGAUCUAUGGAUCACUGCAGGAGCCCACAUUGAGUAACUGGUCUCUUGUCACACACAUGUCCGUGGGCUCGGCCGCAUUGGUCAGUGCUGUAUUUGCAGCUGCAGGCUAUGCAACUUUUACUGGCUACACACAGGGUGAUAUAUUUGAGAACUACUGCAGGAAUGAUAACUUGGCAACGUUUGGCCGGUUGUGCUAUGGUGUCAGUAUCAUCACCACAUUCCCUCUGGAGUGCUUUGUUACCCGUGAGGUGAUCUCCAAUGUCAUUUUUAAAGGAGAACUCAGUAACACAGCCCAUGUCAUCGUUACCUUGGUGAUCAUCUCAGCAACGACUGCAAUUUCCCUCUCUUAUGACUGUCUGGGUAAUGUAUUGGAACUAAAUGGUGUUCUGAGUGCCACACCCCUCAUCUUCAUCUUUCCUGCCGCCUGCUUUCUGAAGCUCUCUGAUGGCCGCUGGCUUCGUGGGGGAAAUCUAAUUCCCAGUAUCAUCCUGGUGGCAGGUGUUUGUGUUAUGAUAAUCGGUUUUGUCAUGAUGGUGCUGUUUCCUCAGGACUGUUCACACGGAGCAGAGAUGUUCUACUGUACUGUCCCCAACACCUCAGUUCUCAGCACCACUCCACCGAGCAGUGUAUUACGGAUUACUAACGCCACACAGAAUGUCAGCAUUUUCUGACAUUUAAACAUUGAAACAUAAAAAUUUAACAGUUAU